GGUUUAUUGAAUGAUUCUUCCUUUUACCCUUAUUGGAAAUCAGUGGCACAAUUUAUGAACCAUGUCCAGUCUGCUGAGACUCUCCCUGGAAAUGUCCCUGCUGUCCUCACUGCAGCCUCUGGGGUGAGCUCUGCAUUUCUCUCCACCCUCGUCCCAGAGGCCAGCAGGUUGAGGUGGAUAAACCCCUUUUUCCUAUUUGGUCAUAAAUGGAGAUUGAAAGAAAAUGAGAUGCACUCAGUGCAUUCAGAAGAUUGCUCCAAGCACCUUGGAGAAGAGCUGCAAGGGUACUGGAAGCAAGAAGGUGAAAGAGCUUACAGAAGUGGAAGGAAGCCUUCUUUAGGGAAAGCAAUCAUGAAGUGCUACUGGAAAUCCUGUUUGUUAUCUGCAGUUUUUAUAUUUUUUGAGGAAUGCACCAGAGUAGUUCUGCCCUUACUUUUGGGGAAAAUGAUUAGUUACUUUGAAGAUCCCAAAGUUCCUGGUGCUUUAUAUGAUGCCUAUAUCUGUGCUGCAGUGCUGAGUGCCUGUGUGCUCCUGUGGGCCAUUCUGCACCACUUGUACUUCAAUCAUUUUCAGCGUGCAGGGAUGAGGCUUAGAGUGGCCACAUCCCAUAUGAUCUACUGCAAGGCACUUCGCCUGAGUAACUCGGCCAUGAGGAAGACCACCACAGGUCAGAUAGUCAAUCUGCUGUCCAACGAUGUGAAAAGAUUUGAUCAGGUAACAACGUUCUUGCACUACCUGUGGGUGGGGCCGCUACAGGCUAUUGCAGUGACCGCCCUGCUCUGGAUGGAAAUAGAAAUAUCAUGUCUUGCUGGGAUGGCAGUUCUCAUCAUUCUUCUGCUUUUGCAAAGCUGCUUUGGGAAAUUGUUUUCAUCACUCCGGAGUAAGACUGCAGCUCUCACAGACGACAGGAUCAAGACCAUGAGUGAAGUCAUAACUGGCAUCAGAACAAUAAAAACGUAUGCUUGGGAAAAGUCAUUUACAGACCUUAUUACUAGAUUGAGAAGGAAUGAAAUUUCCAAGAUUCUAAGAAGUUCCUACCUUAGAGGAACGAAUUUGGCAAUUUUUUUUGCUGCCAGCAAAAUCAUGAUUUUUGUCACCUUCAUCAUUGCUGUGGUCCUUGACAACCCGAUCACAGCCAGCCGAGUGUUUCUGGUGGUGAUGCUGUUCGAGACUGUGAGGUUUACAGGCACCCUUUACUUCCCCAUGGCCAUUGAGAAGGUGUCAGAGGCCGUUGUCAGCAUCAACAGAAUCAAG